GGUGGAGCAGCGACAAACAAACAUCUCCACUUUUAACACAGUGACACUUCAGGGGACACACACACACCCUCACAGAGCCACACCGAGUGUGUGUGUGCAUAUGAGAGACGGAGAGAGAAGGAGCAACAGCACGACAGUGAGCUCAGGAGUGCGUGAGGGGAUCUGAGAGCAGCUCUGAGGCUGAGAGUAACACACAGACGCACUGAGAAGGUGACUUUCACCUUACCUGAACCUGCAGGAUGUUUAAGAAGAAAGAAUCCACCAAGGAUGGGACCCUCAAAGGCUCCACAAAACUGACCAAGUCUCAGGCGAAUGACCUGGCCUUGUUGAUCGCGCGUAUGCAGAAGAAUGCUGACACAGUGGAAAAAGACGUGCUGAAAGCCGAAGAGCUGCUGGUUAUUGAUGCAGAAAAUGAGAAGAAGAAACAGCCUCUUAAGCACCAGAAGGAGACGGCUGACAACUUGUCUGAGGCCGAGGGACUUCUGAAGGAUCUCUUCCUGGAUUUGGACAAAGCCAAGAAAAUGAAACACCCACAGGCCGGAGAGAUCGAGAACGACGUGAGCCGUCUUCAUGAACGCUGGCUGAAGGACUGCUCCUUCUACCGUGAAGUCUACGAGCCCAUGAAUGAGGUGGGCCUGCAGCCACGCAUCAACUGGGCUCAGGUGUUCAACCAGAAGCAGAAAGAAGUAAACUCAGAGGCGUAUGGGCCCUCCAUAGCUGACCUGGAGAAACAGAUUGCAGCCCAUAAUAUCCUACACAAGGAGAUCGAGGCCUAUAACACUCAGCUCAGCCCAGGGACCACCAGCUCUCAGGAGGAAUAUGCUGCAAUCAAGAAACAGUACUCCAAUCUCUUGGAUAACUCGAAAUGGCGACGUCACUACCUGAGCAGCCUGUAUGAGUACAUGCAGGCCUGUAAUAAAGAAGUGUCAUACCUCGGUGAAGAGCAGGCCAAGAUCCUCCAACAGGACUGGAGUGACCGCAUGGUGGACCCACCUGAUGUCCGGCGGCGCUAUGAGAACUUUAAAAACAACAGUCUCCUGUCUCACGAGAGCGAGGUCAACAAACUUCAGGACGAUGGAGACCGCCUGAUAGAGCUCAAACAUCCGGCUACAAACGCCAUACUGGCUCAGAGAGAAGCGCUGAGGAAAGAGUGGGAGAAAUUCCUGAACCUCUGCAUCUGCCAAGAAACCCACCUGGACAAUGUGGACGAGUACAAAAAGUACCAAUUGGACGCUGAGACGUUGUCCGAGUCAUUAUCUGGCUUCAGUUCCACACUGGACCCAAAAGCUCUUGCUAACAAGACCAACACAGAGAUUCAGCUGCAGCUCGAGGCAGACGAGAGGCCACUCCAGCGCAGUGAGCAGCUCUUAGCUGACCUGAGGAAGCGCAGCACCACCAUCGCUCCCCUCAAACUCCGCCGCAUCCCUCCCAGCAAACCCACCACUGUAGAGUCACUGUGUGACUGGAGCACGCCCAAGGCCUCUGUGUCAAGAGGGGAGAGAUUCACCUUAAAGUCCAACGCCAACAAUGCAGGCUGGGAAGUGCAGUCCAGCGAAGGGGCGACCAAGAGCAUUCCUGGAGUUUGUUUCCUGAUUCCUCCGCCUGAUCCAGAAGCCAUCAGCAGAGUGGACCUGCUGGGUAAAGAACUGGAGGAUGUGAAGAAAAGGCGUGCGGCAGUGAGGGCCACGCUGAAGAGUCAAACUCCAGAGCCUGCACGACAGCAGAAAGCAGUUCCAGUGUCUAAAGCUCCUGAGAACCCUAAAACCGCAGAACUGGCUGGACGUCUGGAUCAGUUGGACAAGGACCUGGCGAAAGCAGAACAGGACAUCUUGAACCGCAUGAGAGCUCCUCUGGACCGCAGUGAUCCAGCUAAAGAUCUCGCUAACCGCCUGAAGGAACAAGAGAAAGCUGCUGCGGCUCUGCGGCAGCUGGAGCAGCAGAAAGCAGCUGCGCAGAAAGAUCUGGAGCCCCUGGUGUCCCAGGACUCCAACGGCCUGGUAUCAUCCGCUCUGCCGGACAAACUUAACCAGGCCAAAAACAAGCAAGACAGCCUCGCCACACUCAACGACCUCUACACCAAGAAGGCUAAUGCAUCCAUGAAUUUGGAAAACCAAAUAAAGAAAGUGGAUGGAAUCGUUUCUGGCUUUGAGAAGCAGCUGAGUAAUGAUAGUGCUAUUUCAGACACUCCCAAUGCCCUCCAGAACCGCACACAGAACCUGCAAAGCUUAAAGAAGGAUGUUACUGCUGCUCAGCCUGAGAUGCAGAAGCUAAGCAAGGACCUGGAGACCACAGAGAAGCUGUGCAGUUCCCUCCAGCAGGGAUAUCAGGAGUACUGCACAGAUAUACGCAGACAGGAAGCUAAGGUUAAAGGCCUGCAGAUCCGCUACGCUAACGUCAACAACCAGCUAACGGAGCGAGAGAGUCUUCUGCAAGCGGCUGCCACCAAAAAUCAAGACUUCCAGAAUGCUAGCCAAUCGCUGAGUUCCUUCUUAGAUAAUCUGCCCAACAACAAGGUCAAUCCCAAUGACAGCUUGUCCCAAGUCAGCGCAAAGCAGAGUUCUCAGGAGAGGGUGGUAGAGGACAUUAGAAGGAAAGCUGAUGAUGUGGACAGGGUGGUUGACCUCUCCCAGGAACUGCAGGACCUCCUCAAUGAAUAUGAGAUUAACUCUGACAAGUACAAGGCUACUGUCAAAAACCCUGAUGCAACAGAUGCUAAAAGGACACCCACUUCCACCCUGGCUGACUCUGUGGCAAAACAGGAAAAGGCUCUGGUGAACCGUUAUGCCAACACAGCAGCUGCAAAUGACCAACUUCUCAACCAAAUGGACAUAGCGAAGAAUGUUCUUGCUCAGAAUGAGGAGAAGGUUAUGAUGGUACAGCAGCAACAACAGCAGCAGCAGCAACAGCAAGAAAAAACCUUUGCAGAGGUUGAGACCUUACAGAAGCAGCUUAACGAGGAAGCUGCCAGACGUGCUAGUGCUGAAUCUCAGCUUAAGAACUUCAAGGACAGGGUGUACUCCCUGAGGAGCAGGAAAGGUAUUGAACGUGUGGAAGAGAAAGAGGUUCUGCAAUACUACCGUGACCCAAAGCUUGAGUCUGAUCUGGAGGAGUUUAAGAAAACGCUCCACGAAGAGGCCAUGAAACGCACCAGAACCGAAAGUGAGAUUGAGGUACUCACUAGAAGGAUCACUACUCUGGAAAACGAUCUUAAAAACAGCACACCGAAACUGGUGACCAGAGAGGUCACUAAAUAUGAGAGGGACCCUCAGCUGGAUGUGGAGGCUUCAAAACUGAGGAAUGAGAUAAGCACACUGGUGAAUGAGGUCAGACUUAAAGAUAAUGAAGGAGGUCAACUGAAAACAGAGGUAAUCAUCUUGGAGCAAAAGAGACCCAGCAUCAGAGAGAAGGUAGUACAGAAGGAGGUGGUCAAAGUAGAGAAAGAUCCUGAGAUGCUGAAGGCGGUCAGGUCUUUUAAGAUUGAGAUUGAAGAUGAGGGUGAGAGGGCCAAGUCUUUGAACAAUGAAAUUCUCCAAACAAGGAGCCAGAUUGGCUCUCUUGAGAGACUCAUCCCUACCUUACAGCCCAAAAUUGUGACAAAAGAGGUGAAGACAGUUGAAAAAGACCCUGUGCUCAUUAGCGAUUCCAAAAGACUUCAGUCCAGCAUAGAGGAAGAGAGACACCAGAAUAAUAUGCUCACGAGGGAACUGAGUGAACUUCAGUCGCGGUAUGUCCAACUUGAGCAGCUGAAACCAAAGGUGGACAUCAAGGAGAUCGUUAAUGAGGUCUACAGGGUUUCCCCAGAGACUGAAACAGAGAUGACGAGGUUGAGAAGAGAACUUCAAGAUAUCACCAGGCAGAGCACUGAUUAUGAAAGACAAAUCAGUUUGGUCAAAAUUGAUUUGGAUGUUAUUCGUGCUCAGAAGCCCAUAAUUGAAUACAAAGAUGUGGUCAAAGAGGUAGUGAAAGAAGAACGCAGUCCUGAAAAUGUAAGAGAGAUUCAAAAGCUCACAGAACAAAUCAAUGGCCUUGAGAGAACAUACAAUGCCUCCCAAGAUGAAGUGAACCGUCUAAAGAGGGAGCGAGACGAACUGAAGGUAGAGAAGUCAAAGGUAGAGACUAAGGUGGUCACUAAAGAUGUUGUCAAGCAAAUCAAUGAUCCACUCUUGGAGAAAGAGGCAGACCGACUAAGAAGGGAGGUACGCGAAGAAGCACAGAGACGCAGAACCAUAGAGGAACUGGUAUUUGAUCUUCAGAAUAAAUACAUACAGCUGGAAAGACAGAGACCAGAGGAGAAGGUGGUGGUUCAAGAGAUGGUGCGGUUAGAGAAAGACCCAAUGCAGCUUAUGGAGCAUGACAGGCUGGGAAGAACUCUAGAUGAGGAGAUAAAUAAUCGCAGAAAGGCAGAUCAGGAGGUUCAGCGACUAAGAGCCCUGAUAGAGGACAAGGAGAGGACUAUUAGGGAAAGUGAUGAGAGGCAAAGAAGGAUUCAGGUGGAGAAUGAAUUGACACAAAUCAAAUCUCGUAUCAAUGAGCUAGAGAAUGCCCCACCACCGGUUCAAGAGUAUAUUGUUACAGAGGAAGUUCUUAAGGUAGAGAGGGACCCAAAACUGGAGAAACUGACCAGUGGUCUCAGGACAGAUUUUGACAGAGAGAGCAAUGAGGUCAUGCGGUUGGAGAGGGACAUCAGGAAUGUGAAACUCCAAAUAGAUAUCCUGCAAAAGGAGAAAUCGUUUGAGAGAACGGUCUACAAAGAGGUGGUCAGGGUAGAGAAAGACCAAACUGUGGAGGCUGAACGCUCUCACCUUAGAGACCAGGCGCUGCAACAGAAAAACGCCAGAUUAGACCUGGAGGAUGAACUCCGUCGGCUUACUGAGAAACUGCAGCGACUGCAAAGCAGAAAAACAACUAUUUCUCAGGAGGAGACUAACCUUACACUCCAAAGGGAUUCCCUUCUGAAAGAAAAACAGGACCUCCAAAGAGAGCUUAGAACUCUGGAGAACGAAAAGAAAGAAACCAGCAUCUCAUUCCAGCAGCAGUCCAGGCUGAUGAGUGAAAAAAGCCAAAUGAGCAGACAAAGGAGCAUCAAGAUGGAGUCAGAUGUUCAGCGCCUGGAAAGAGAAAUCCUAGAUGAGAAGGACAGGAUUCACAAGCGAGAGAACACCAUAACAGAGCUCCAGAACAGCUUGAAGAAAGAGGAAGUUGCCUUAGAAACUCGCACACAAGAGAAAAAUGUUUCCACCAGAAUCACCAUCCUGGAUCCUGAGACUGGAAAAGACAUGUCACCCUAUGAGGCAUACAUUCAAGGGCUGAUUGAUCACAGCCAGUACACCCAUUUGCAGGAAUUAGAAUGUGACUGGGAAGAGAUCACGACACUGGGACCUGAAGGGGAAACAUCUGUCUUGCAAGAUCGCAAGAGCGGCAAGCAAUACUCCAUCAAGAAUGCACUCAAAGAAGGCAAAAUUUCUCAGUAUCAACUGCAACAAUACAAAGACGGCAAGAUUCCCAUCUCAGAGUUUGCUCUCCUUGUGGCUGGAGAAAUGAAAAAAACGCCUUCAAUCACUUCAGUCACCAGCCAGAAGACUUCACAGAAACCCUCCUACAGCAACAGUAUCUCCACUUCCCUUGAUUCGCAGCUUCCUAUUUGUGGAGUUUAUGACAAAGACACCAAUACUUGCCUCUCUGUGCGAAUGGCCAUGACCCGAAAGAUGAUAGACAAUACUACGGCCCAAAGGUUGCUGGAGGCACAGGCAGCCACUGGUGGUAUCGUGGACAUCAUGAACAAAGAAAGAUACUCUGUUCAUAAAGCCGCAGAUCGUGGUCUGAUUGAAUCCAGUCAACUUCAACGGUUGCUCAAUGCUCAGAAGGCCUUCAGUGGCGUUGAGGAUCCGGUAACCAGGGAACGUCUCUCGAUUGGAGAAGCCGUCCAGAAAGGGUGGAUGCCAAAAGACACUGCCAUGCGUUACAUGGAGGCACAGUACCUGACCGGCGGACUGGUUGACCCCAACCGAGCAGGCAGAGUGAACACUGUAGAUGCGGUUAAAGCCAAAAUGAUCGACAGCACAAUGAUGAGAGAGAUUCAGGAAGAGGCAAACUACAACAAGGAGUUGACGGAUCCAGUUACAAAGCAGAAGGUCAACUAUAAGCAAGCAAUGGCACUGUGCAAGAAAGACCCAGAGUCAGGGCUUCCCAUGCUUCCUGCCUCUUCCAGAGAUGCUGUCUACGUCCCUUCAUACUACAGCCACAGAUCUUCUCCUUACAGCUUCUCCUAGACAUGUUUACAGCCAAGUCAUGGGCAGUUUCUGCAGUUUUACUGGCACAGUGGAAACAUGUUUAUAAAAUUCAAUAUAAAACUCAGAUUAUUGUUCAUCUCAGGAAAAUGCUGCCAAUUCAAUGUUGCCAAUUACUACAUGAGCAGACAAAAAUGUUAAUGCUGGUACUAGUGAGUCACAGCUAAUAUGGGCAAUUUAGCAUUAUGUAAUCAUGCUAACUGAUAUGCACUGGCUUUCUUCGAUUAUUGGCUUUUUUGUUAGAUUUUUUGUUUUAGAUAAACAACAUUCUUUUAAAGGCUUCCACUGCUGAGAUACUUGUUUACUGAAUUUGUAUGACAAGAACCAAAAAUAUAUAUAUAUAUGAAUAUUCAUCCAA